AUGUUGACUACACGUGAAGACAAAACUGUAGGUCAAACAUUUCCCUCAAGUCUUGCCCCUGAAGCUUACACAGCAGAGUUUAUAACUACACCGGUUGAAGAAUUAACACACACACCAGAAAUCGAGACCAGUGGAGAAUCUGAAACUGGAGUUCCCUCUACUCUAAUAUCAAUCACAGAACCUGUUGAAUCAUCAACAAGACAGGAAGCAACAACACUAAUUGAUGACACUAUGGGCUUUACCCCAUCAGAAACUGAAGAGGCAUCUGGAACUACUUCAGAUAUGUUGACUACACGUGAACACAAAACUGAAGGUCAAACAUUUCCCUCAAGUUUUGCCACUGAUGCUAAGACAGCAGAGUUUAUAACUACACCAGUUGAAGUAUUAACACAUACACCAGAAAUCGACACCAGUGGUGAAUCUCAAACUGGAGAUAUCACUACUCUAGCGCCAAUCACUGAGCCUGUUGAAUCAUCAAUCAGACAGGAAACAACAACACUGAUUCAUGAAACUACCGAUCUUACACCAUCAGAAAUUGAAGAGGCAUCUGGAACAAUGUCAGACAUGUUGACUACACCUGAAGACAAAUCUACAGCACAAACAUUUCCCACAAGUGUCGCCACUGAGGCUAAGACAGUAGAGUUUAUAACUACAGAGGUUGAAGAAUUAACACACACACCAGAAAUCGAGACCAGUGGAGAAUCUGAAACUGGAGUUCCCUCUACUCUAAUAUCAAUCACAGAACCUGUUGAAUCAUCAACAAGACAGGAAGCAACAACACUAAUUGAUGACACUACGGGCUUUACCCCAUCAGAAACUGAAGAGGCAUCUGGAACUACUUCAGAUAUGUUGACUACACGUGAAGACAAAACUGAAGGUCAAACAUUUCCCUCAAGUUUUGCCACUGAUGCUAAGACAGCAGAGUUUAUAACUACACCAGUUGAAGUAUUAACACAUACACCAGACAUCGAGACCAGUGGUGAAUCUCAAACUGGAGUUAUCACUACUCUAUCACCAAUCACUGAGCCUGUUGAAUCAUCAAUAAGACAGGAAACAACAACACUAAUUGAAGAAACUACCGAUCUUACACCAUCAGAAAUUGAAGAGGCAUCUGGAACAAUGUCAGACAUGUUGACUACACCUGAAGACAAAUCUACAGCACAAACAUUUCCCACAAGUGUCGCCACUGAGGCUAAGACAGCAGAGUUUAUAACUACACCAGUAGAAGAAUUAACGCAUACUCCAGAAAUCGAGACCAGUGGUGAAUCUCAAACAGCAGUUAUCACUACUCUAGCGUCAAUCACUGAGCCUGCUGAAUCAUCAAGAAGACAGGAAACCAGAAAACUAAUUAAUGAAACCACGGACUUUACACCAUUAGAAAUUGAAGAGGCAUCUGGAACAACUUCUGAUAUGUUCACUACACGUGAAAACAAAACUGUAGGUCAAACAUUUCCCUCAGGUUUUCCCACUGAUGCUAAGGCAGCAGAGUUGAUAACUACACCAGUUGAAGAAUUAACGCAUACACUAGACAUCGAGACCAGUGGUGAAUCUCAAACUGGAGUUAUCACUACGCUAGCACCAAUCACUGAGCCUGUUGAAUCAUUAAUAAGACAGGAAACAACAACACUUAUUCAUGAAACUACCGACCUUACACCAUCAGAAAUUGAAGAGGCAUCUGGAACAAUGUCAGACAUCUUUACUACACCUGAAGACAAAUCUACAGCACAAACAUUUCCCACAAGUGUCGCCACUGAGGCUAAGACAGCAGAGUUUAUAACUACAUCAGUAGAAGAAUUAACGCAUACUCCAGAAAUCGAGACCAGUGGUGAAUCUCAAACAGCAGUUAUCACUACUCUAGCAUCAAUCACUGAGCCUGCUGAAUCAUCAACAAGACAGAAAACAACAACACUAAUUGAUGAAACCACGGACUUUACCCCAUCAGAAACUGAAGAGGCAUCUGGAACUACUUCAGAUAUGUUGACUACAAGAGAACACAAAACUGAAGGUCAAACAUUUCCCUCAAGUUUUGCCACUGAUGCUAAGACAGCAGAGUUUAUAACUACACCAGUUGAAGUAUUAACACAUACACCAGAAAUCGACACCAGUGGUGAAUCUCAAACUGGAGAUAUCACUACUCUAGCGCCAAUCACUGAGCCUGUUGAAUCAUCAAUCACAGACAGGAAACAACAACACUGA